AUCAUGUUAUCAUCAUCAAGUACAUUGAUUACAUAGGUGUCAUGUAAUCAUCAUCAAGAACAAUCAAAUUGAUUAAAUGUGAAAUCAUGUUAUCAUCAUCAAGUACAUUGAUUACAUAGGUGUCAUGUAAUCAUCAUCAAGAACAAUUAUAUUGAUUACAUAGGUGUCAUGUAAUCAUCAUCAAGAAUAAUUAUAUUGAUUAAAUAUGCCAUCAGGUAAUUAUCAUUAAAUAUUUAUCAUCAUGAUUCAUCAAAUUGACCAUAUGAUAAUAUGUGUCAUAUCAUGAAUGUUACUAUACAUUUUGUGGACGUAUAUAUAUGUAUAUGUAUAUGUCUGAGAAUCAUUCUACAAUUCUAGCGUGGUACCACACAGCGGUUUCGCUGAGCGUGUAGUUUGUAUUUUUCGUUGACUACACGUAGGUAACAAGAAGACAAUGAUGGAACCACUCCCGGAGGGCAUUGAGUCAGAGGAGAUGCAAGGAUGGCAGGCAAAUCGCAAAUUAUCAGAACCCAUUCUUCUUCUUCGAUUGAACGCUGCCACAAGACCCUUUUCUUCUUCGAUCAGGGUCGCGACCAACCCUCCUCUCAAUUUCCGAUUCAGCAACGCCUGCGACAGACUACAAAGGCGCAGUGACUCAAUUCAUGGAGACGGUCGGCGAGUUUCCUUCAUCGAUUCAACAACAGCAACCGCCUGAGGAGGCGGUGCUCUGGCGACGGUGAGAGAACUCCGGUGAAGCGCAGCAGCAAUCGGCGACUUCCCUCUGGCGACGUCCAGUCAGCCACAACCAUCUAUUCCGGCGAACCAGCCCAGACAUCAUGCGGUUCAUCUCUGCUCUGGCGACUGAACCAACGGCGGGAAUUGAGCCAGCGAAAUCUGGCGAGGAAUCUGGUGGCGAGCCUCUGCUCCAGCGAGAAUAGCAGUAGCGGCGUCUAGACGGCAGACCAGUCUCUGACAGUCAUUGUUGAUAAAAUUCACGUGCAGGUGUUCAUCAGUCCAGAAGUCAAGGGCUUACUUCUAGCGCUUUCAGAGGGAAAGAUAGAUUACAAAGCUAGGACUCGGCUGAUCAAUCAGGACAAGAACAAAUAUAUCACCCCGAAAUACCGCCUUGUUGUUCGAUUUGAAUGAUGUAAUGGAGGAUAGAUUUAGUGUGUUGAUAAUGUUGGUGAAUCAAUUAGCUGCAGAUGGAUUCUAUUGUAAUUAUACAAUGGAAUUUCGCAGGCUACAAAGAGCACACUUUAUGGGAUAAUCGACACAGUUUCUGCAGUUCAUCCUCUUACGCCACUACUAAGCUUAUUGAAGACCAAUGGUAAGCUUGUAUUGGUUGGUCUCCCGGAGAAACCCCUUGACUUGUUGGCGUUUCCCUUGAUCAUGGACAGAAAAUUGGUUGCAGGAAGUGGCAUCGCUGGAAUAAAUUAAAGGAGACUCAAGCCAAAAUAACAUCACGCCCGAUGUUGAGAUUGUGCCGAUGGACUAUGUCAACACCGCCAUGGAACGCCUAGCCAAAGCCGACGUGAAAUACGGAUUCGUAUUGGAUUUUUCCACAGUGGAAUAGGAUGGAUUGAAAAGGCAGGCAUUUAGAAUAUGCAAAUUGUAAGGAAGAUGAUGUAAAUAUUAAAUUAUUAGAUGUUAA